CUUAGAUCCAUUCUGACUUUGCUUCAUCGAACAAUCAAUCUAUCAUAUCUUCCCCUCAAUUCGAGUAUCUUGUGUAACAGAGUCUCUCACAACCAAUCAAAUACCCUCCAACGAAGUACGAGAACCAAUUGAUCUAAGCGCCGCCAGCAUCUCCCAACAGCAACACCAACAGACCAAAACACCUACCAACAGCCCAACCCAAGCACACAGACACAUGGACUUCAUCCUCGAGUCCCGCGUCCCCAAAGGCGGUGGCUCAAGCGGCAGCCGCGGCUCCAGCGGUGGCAGCAAAUCCUCAAAAUCAUCCGGAUCAAAGAGCGGCAAGAACAAGUACAAAGGCGGCGGCCGCGUCGGUGCCGCCGGCGGAGGCGGGGGAGGUGGAGGAGGAGGCGGCUUCAGUGCGCUUCCCCUCUGGGUCCGGAUCCUCAUCAUCGUCCUGGUUGUGUGGUUUGUUCUGUUCCUAGUCUCGCUCGCGUUUUACACGGUCAAAGAACUCAAGCGCAAAAAGGAAGGAAAGAAAUUCCGCAUCGGCCACGUCCUCGGCCACGCCCUCCUCGUCUCCACGGGCCUCUGGAUCCCCUUUACUCUCUACCGAAAAUUCAUCUCCCGGCGCAGGGAAAAGUCCGGAGGAGGCAGCGGCGGCGGCAACGGCGACGAAACCAAGCGCUCCGCUGGCGGCACGUACGCCAAGAUCGAAGAGGGCAGGAGAUCCGAUGACACCGGCAACCGAGACUCUUGGUACGCCGGAGCCGGAGCCGGAGCCGGCACCCACAACAACCACAACGGCGCGGACAGCAAGUACGAGCCCAUGGGCUACGCGCCCCCUUACCGGUCUUCGUCACCUGCUCCGCCCCCGGCCGCCGGUGCUGCUCCGGCUCCCACCGGCGCGGCGGCCGAGUAUUACAUGCCGCAGCCGCCUUCUCAGACGGCGCCGACUCAGCACCCGCCUCAGUAUAGCUAAAGGAUGUCCCGGUUCGGACUAUAUCACGGGCCAUGAUCGAAUGAUGAUGGCUGGGUUUCUUUGAUGAUACGCCUUGUUUUAACGUUUUGCUACUUUCUUCCCUUCUCUGGAUCGAUACCCCUUUUCCUCAAUUUAGCGUUUCUUAUUACUUUUGUCGCUAUGAAAGCACGCAUGUACCGAUGUGUGUCACAAAAUAGGAUAUAGAACAGAACUUCAAACUUUACUACUACUCAUCUGAUAAUCGGGUACAAAACUCCUACAUCAUCACUCUGCACCUUGCAGUAUUCCUCAACCAUACGCUUCAGUCGCUAAGACAGAUGUUCCAUAGCC